AGGGUCCGUGAAUGCGUCGUGAUUGACAGUUAAUUGCAGUUGGUGAAGCGGCGAGAUCGUGCUAACGUUAGCUAACCGGACAGAGGCCCGGAUUCAAAAUGUCCGACUGGGAGGAGGAGGAGGGCGGCAGCGUUGCUGCCCCAAAGCCCGCGCCGACCGAAUGGAAAGCACCGCGUGACGACGGAGUGAGGAACGGAACCGGGUCCGGUUAUUCGAGAGGGUGGAGAGCGGACCGUGACGGGGCGGAGUACAGAAGCCGGGGAGGCGGAGGAGGCCCGUUUCCCCGCGGCGCGCAGCGCGGAGGAGCCCAAAGACGAGCCGUUGGUGACGAGAAGUCGGACUCCUUCCUGCCCGUGACGUUCACCGUGGACAAGGCUUUAGUUGGGAGGAUAAUAGGUCGAGGAGGAGCCAAAAUCCGUGAACUUGAGGAGAGAUCCGGUGCGAGGAUAAAGAUAAACAGCGGCGACUAUGAAGGCGAGGUGGUCCUCUUUGGCUCCUCCGCCGCGCAGCAGAAGGCCACGGAGCUGAUCAGAGACCUGGUGGCCGAUGGCAGCUCUCGAUCUCGCAAUGACUAUGGAGGAGGAACUGGUGGAGGAGGCUACAUGGGUGGAGGAGGUGACGGAGGAGCUGGGGAUCCCUCGGUCUGGUCUGCUGCAUCGCUAGAGGCUGCAGCGACGGCCCCGGCGCCUCCAUCCAUAGACUGGAACGACAUCCGGGAGAACAAGGACAAGUAUGAAGAGCUCAAGUGGAAAGACUGCCCCCCUCUGAAGAAGAACUUUUACACCGAGGCGGCAAGUGUGUCCGUGCUCACAGCAGAGGAAGUCCGUGAAUGGAGGAAAGAAAACCAUGACAUCUUUGUGGACGACCUGAAGGAGGAGGGGGAGAAGCGUCCCGUUCCCAGUCCCUGUCGCACCUUUCUGGAGGCCUUUGAGUUUUACCCAGAGAUCAUGGAAAGUAUUGAACACGUUGGCUUCGUCAAACCAACUCCCAUCCAGUCCCAGGCGUGGCCGGUGGCCCUGAGUGGCGAGGACCUGAUCGCCAUCGCGCAGACGGGGACGGGGAAGACUCUGGCCUACCUGCUGCCCGGCUUCAUCCACAUGGACGGACAGCCUGUGCCUCGGGCGCGGCGCGGCGGUCCAGGCAUGUUGGUGCUGACUCCCACCAGAGAGCUCGCCCUGCAGAUUGAAACCGAGUGCAGCAAGUAUCGCUACAAGGGCUACAAAAGUGUCUGUAUCUACGGCGGGGGGGACCGGAGAGCCCAGAUCGGCCUGGUGAAGGCCGGCGUGGACAUCGUGAUCGCCACACCGGGCCGACUAAACGACCUCCAGAUGAAUGAGCUCAUCAAUCUUCAGUCCAUCACCUACUUGGUGCUGGACGAGGCCGACCGGAUGCUGGAUAUGGGCUUUGAGCCCGAGAUCAUGAAGAUUCUCCUGGACAUCCGCCCUGACCGGCAGACCGUCAUGACCAGUGCCACCUGGCCCACCGGCGUGAGGCGAUUGGCCAAAUCCUACCUGAAGAGCCCCAUGAUGGUUUAUGUGGGCACGCUGGACCUCGCGGCCGUCAAUACGGUGCAGCAAACCGUGCUGAUCGUCCACGAGGAGGACAAAAAGUCCUACGUCUUUGACUUCAUCAGGAACAUGCUGCCUCUGGAUAAAGUCCUUAUCUUCGUUGGGAAGAAGCUCGUGGCCGACGACCUGUCCAGCGACAUGUGUCUGCAGGGCCUGGCUGUGCAGAGUCUCCAUGGUGACCGCGAGCAGUGUGACCGAGAAGAGGCCCUGAAGGACUUCAAAGAAAGCCGCGUUCGCAUUCUGGUCGCCACAGACUUGGCGUCCCGAGGGUUGGAUGUGCACGACAUAACGCACGUCUUCAACUAUGACUUCCCUCGGAACAUAGAGGAGUACGUCCACCGCGUGGGCCGCACCGGCCGCGCAGGACGCUCAGGUGUUGCUGUUACCUUGGUAACCAGGGACAACUGGAGAAUGGCCUCCGAGCUCAUUCCCAUCCUGGCGCGAGCCGGACAGGUCAGCAUCACUGUUCCUUCUGAGCUGGUGCUCCUCGCCAGACCGAUCCAGAAGCACAAAAAGAGAAGGACGUUGUACAGCUCCCGGGGGGGAGGGAGGAGAGAAGGCGGAGGGGGGAGGAGAGAGGGAGGGUGGGGGAGGAGCGUCAGAGGAGGAGGCCGAGAUCGAGGCCAAAACUGGGGUUUCUGAGCGUGAUGCCAAAUGUGUGACUGAUGCUGGAUUCUCACGUUGAAGGACCUGAAGCUGCUGUGGUUUCUUUCGGAUGCACGUUUACUUUUGAUUGACGUUGUUUGCGUUGGACGUCGUUAUUCUGCGCUCCUGUUUUAAAAAGUCAAAACUUUUCUGUUACCAGCAACUUGUUUUCUUUUGGGCAGAAGUAAACGUGUUAAAUAAAUUCUCCUUUUUAAAGAGA